AUGAAGAUAUGUUAUUAUGAGCUUUUGGGUGUGGAAUCCAAUGCCUCUGAUGGUGAUCUCAGAAAAGCGUACCGCAAAAAAGCCUUACAGUAUCAUCCUGAUAAGAAUCCUGGUAAUAUUGAGGAAGCUACAGCGAUAUUUGCAACUAUUAGGUCGGCUUACGAAGUUCUGUCAGAUCCACAAGAGCGUGCAUGGUAUGAUUCGCAUAAGAAUCAAAUUUUAAGCGACGACGUCGGUCCUAAUGCAGACGACGAGGAAUACGAAUAUGAGGUUGAUGCAACUGUAACUGGUAUAACAACCGAUGAAUUACUGAAAUUUUUCAAUUCAGCUCUAUACACAAGAAUCGAUGACACCCCCGCAGGACUAUACCAGAUAGCGGGCAAAGUAUUCGCCAAGCUAGCUAGUGAUGAGGUCAAAGCAGGUAGAAGAGCAGGUUUAAGCAAUUUUGACAAGUAUCAGGAUGACUUUUUUGAAACUGAAAUCAAUUCUAUGGGAUACAAAAAAGCCUUCGACAAAUAUUCAAAGAUGAAUGAAAGUACUCUAUUCCCUCAGUUCGGAGAUUCCACUACCGAUUUCCAGUAUUUGCGUGGCUUCUAUCAGAAAUGGGGUAGCUUCGGUACUGUGAAAACUUUCAGCUGGAAAGAUGAGUAUAUGUACUCAAGGAAUUAUGAUAGAAGGACUAAGAGGGAAAUAAACAAAAGAAAUGAAAAAUUGAGGCAGCAAGCGAAGAGUGAGUAUAAUAAAACUGUCAAGCGGUUUGUAACGUUUAUCAAGAAAUUUGAUAAAAGAAUGAAAGAGGGAGCCAAGAGGUUCGAGCAAGAGAAACGGAAGAAACUACAAGAAGAUUUGAGGAAACAGAUUGAAAAAGAUAGACAGGCCAAUUUGAAGAAUGCAAGUGACCCGUUUAAAUUACAGAGCUGGCAGACUGUGGAUCAGGAGGAGUGGGACGAAAUAGAGAGGCAUUUUGAUGAAUUUAUCGAUAAGAACACUGGGGAAGACGAUAGUGAAGAAGAGAUUGUGAUAUAUGAAUGCUUCAUUUGUAACAAAAAUUUCAAAUCUGAGAAACAGUUGGAAAACCACACAAACACCAAGGCACAUAAGAAGACUUUGCGGAAGGUGAAAUGGGAGAUGAAAAAAGAUAGUAUGGUCCUGGGCCUAGACGAGCUAUCGGACGUCGAUGAUUUCAAUUCCGCAGAUGAGUUUGAAAGUGAGGAAGUCAAUGAAUUACCAGUAGAAAAUGAAGAGCUGGAGGAGCAUGAAACCACUCCAAAUAUGUCGGAGCUCGAUCGCAUAAAUGAGGAACUGAGUAAGAUAGAACGCGAGCUGGAAAACAUCUCGUCAGAUGAUUCCUUAGUCGAAGUUACUAAUAGCGUCCUCAUAGAAGUGGACGACGUAAUCGAGAGUGACACUGUGGAGAGCGAAACUUCCGAAAUCGACAAAGAGACGAGCAAGGCUGAAAAUACGCCUAAGGCAGAGACAUCCCCAUCGCAGGCAGCCUCAGCGGCAUCCGAAGACGAUGAGGAGGAAAGUGAAGAUGAACUCAGCAAGCUUCUAGCGUCGCUAAAAAACGGUGAUGAUGAAUCCGAUGGCGACGCUUGGGAUACAUCGAAGUUCAAGCAAAAGAAACAGAAGAAAAAAGCAAAAUCACCACCACAAUCUUCCAACACUACUCAACUUGAACAACACUCCUGUGGUACUUGCCGCACCACCUACCAGAGCAGAAAUGCACUUUUCAAACAUAUUAAUUCAAGCGGACACGCGGCGCCGCCCAGUAAGCUGAAAAAGCCCAAAGCUCGCAAGCAGAAACGCUAA